UCACUCAAAAUUAUAAACAUUAACAAUCUUAUUCAAAAAUGUCAGAAAGAAGAAAAUCAAGCGGCAGGAAAUACAGUCAACUUAAUGAUGACAAAGAUCACAAUAAGUAUAACGAAGGGUCAUGUUCAACAAUGGAAAGGUCUACUUUUGCCAAGCAAAGCACCCAGAACACUCUGGCUUCUCAGAGGUCUAAAAACUCCAUUUUUGGUAGAAGUGAUGUCGAGUUCCAGUACCAAAGAGAGAGCGAUGUAGUCAGAGAAAAUCUGUUCGAGGACUCAGAAAGCUACUCUCCGAGAACCAGAGUGAAGGAAUCCAAUAUGCCAUGAGAUAAAUAUGAUGAUGAUGAAAUACCUGACCAAGAAGGGUAUAGCAGAAGCUCAGAUACUGUGAAGCCAAGUUAUUUGUUCCAAGUGAACACCAGGAUUUGGAGGAAUCAUUUGAGGCUGAAUUACGGACUCAGAGCUUGCCUAAUAUUAUCAAUUGCCUUGGUAUCUCUCUUUACCUCAUUUGUCAAGAUGAGAUAUGAGAGGCUAAGUUCUGGGCAUAUCUUUUAUUAUAAUGUCGGGCCUAUCUUUCUCUCAGUUAAUGGUACAUGGCAUUUUAUUGCAGAGAUCUACAAUUGUCAAUCAGAAAUAUUCCCUGGUGACUUCUGAGGAGAUGGGCACUAUAAAGUUAUUUCAAUUGCAGCAGCAAUUUAUAAUUUUGGAGUUUUCCUAGUUCUCUUGUUUUACAUUGCAAGCCUUAUUUUUCCAAAAAGAAACAUUGACAGACUUAAUUGGCUUGGAUUAUCAGCAACUUUCUUAGGAUUCACAUGAGUAAUUCUCAUAGGAAAUAUGUUCAGAAAUCUCUCACAUGGAUUCUAUUUCCUAAUAGUCAUCAUAAUCGUAGCUGUAUUCACACAGUCACAUUUCCUUUACAGUAGGAGGAAGCAAAGGAAGAAUUCACUAACAAAUCAACUGCUUGAAGCAUAGUUUCAGUUUAAUUUAAUAAGCCAUUCAUCAAUUGUUA